AUGGCCUCGCAACCACAGGUCAGCGUGAGGAAGCAGCAGGAGCUCCAGCUCCAAUAUUCAAACUACAAAAAUGCCUUGCAGACGAUGGCGCAGAAGAUUGGCGACAUUGAACAGGAGACCGAGGAGCACAAACUCGUCAUCGAGACCCUAGAACCGCUUCCUAAAGAACGAAAAUGCUUUCGCAUGAUCAACGGCGUGCUUGUCGAGCGCACAAUCGACGACAUCCUUCCCUCGCUCAAGACCAAUGCAGACGGAUUGAAGCAGGUGCUUGACGAACUGUUGAAACAAUACAAGACGAAGCAGACAGAAAUGGAUACGUGGAAGAAAAAGAAUAAUGUCCAAGUAGUACAGCAAUGA